UUUAUUCAAUUCCGCGGCGCAUUUUGUUGUGACAUGUUUGAGCCAGCUGUGGAUUUCUAACAGAAUAAUAUAAAUACAAGUUUGGUGCUUGAAACUGAAAAUGCAGUCCAAAAUCAGUUCCUCCAAGAACUUCGAGAAAGAAAAUAAUCUCGGAAUUUGUUUGAAGAAACCGUUUGCAUAUUCAUAUGCAACACUUGCAGCUAGAAUAAGGUCAUAUUCAAAUUGGACACGAACUUCUCCAAGGCCAGUAGAUCUGUCUGAUGCAGGAUUCUUUUAUGCAGGACCAGAAGAUGUAGUCCAGUGUUUUUAUUGCGGAUUAAAACUGAAAAGUUGGGAUGUAUUCGAUAAUCCUUGGGUUGAACAUGCUAGACAUGGGAAGAACUGCCCUCAUGUCAGUAAUGUGAAAGGAAAUCAGUUCUAUAAACAGAUAAAUCAGGUCGAAGAGGAUGGACCUGUAACUAAACCAGUUACAAAUCGAUGCCUUUAUUCCGAUGAUUUGAUCAGUACAACAGCAGCCCAGGCUCUACUCAGUAUGAGAUGUUACAAGGAACAAGAUAUUAUGGACGCCAUCAAAUUGUUUGUAGCAGAAAAAGAUACACUAGAAUUUACUGCAACAGACAUUUUAUCUGUUUUACUAAACAGCUCGUGUAGAUGAAACUAUGUUCUGGACAAACAAAAGGUAGGAGUAAUUCCAACUCAAACGACUCGGAGGUUUCUUAGUAUAUUAGUCAAUACUCAGAAAACAAGACGUAUACAGUGACAGUAAAUUGACUGAAUAAUCGGUAAUAUCCCAGCACAGUUGUUCUUUAUAUACAGUUAUAAUACCAGUAUUGACAGGAAAAGGAAUAGACUAGAGGUUUCACUAGAGAUACAGUUUGAGAGACAAGUGUUAACACUAUGUGAAGGCGAUAUAUAUUUAUAUGUAUAUAUUAUGAGUUGAAGUUAAGUUUGUAGAAUUAAACGAGGUUCAAAUGAA